AAAGAAGCCGCGUCGGAAUCGUUGGACUUUUUAUGGUGUCGAGGUUAAAUGUUUUAACGACAAGUCAACCAUUACAAAACAUACAUCUUAAGGUGGUAGGAGUGGUUGAUGACAGUGGCAUUGGAAGCGUAGGAGCAAUCCAGCCAUGGCAGCCAAUAAGAGUAAGACACAGAGUUCCCUGGCCCUGCACAAAGUCAUCAUGGUUGGCAGUGGAGGAGUAGGGAAAUCAGCCCUCACCCUGCAGUUCAUGUAUGACGAGUUUGUAGAGGAUUAUGAGCCCACAAAGGCAGACAGCUACAGGAAGAAGGUGGUGUUGGAUGGAGAAGAGGUUCAGAUCGAUAUCCUGGACACGGCUGGACAGGAAGACUACGCCGCCAUCAGGGACAACUACUUCCGCAGUGGGGAGGGCUUUCUGCUGGUCUUCUCCAUCACUGAGUCCGAGUCCUUCAGUUCAACAUUAGAGUUCAGAGAGCAGAUCUUGCGGGUGAAAGCUGAGGAGGACAAGAUUCCUCUGUUGCUGGUGGGGAAUAAAUCAGACCUGGAAGACCGCAGGCAGGUGUCCCUGGAUGAGGCGCGGGCACGAGCGGAAGAGUGGGGUGUACAGUAUGUGGAAACCUCUGCUAAAACACGAGCCAAUGUGGACAAGGUGUUCUUUGAUUUGAUGAGAGAAGUACGAGCAAAAAAGAUGUCAGAAAACAAGGACAAAAAAGAGAAGAAGAGUGGAAAAAGCAAGAAGAGCUUCAAGGAGCGAUGCACUCUUCUCUGAAUUUAACAGGCCCCCGUUAGGGCCAGAGUCUAGCCCCAGCCUGCAGGCCUGAGCCGUUUUACACACACACACACACACACUCAGAGGAACACAACCAGUGUCUCCACUAUCCUCUCUGUCUCUGCCAAACACAACCUAGAACUGUGCAGAAGCAGGGGUGGUUCUGCCCCUUGCUUCUUCACGUGUUUCUUAAAGUGAGUUACAUUUUACCAGUAACAACUAAACAGUUUCUGCACUUUCUAUGAAUCUUUGCCCCCCCCACCCCCCUCCAUUCUUUUGGUGCCAUAAGACCGCAAUUGGACCAUGCAAGUCCUGUCUGUCUCCAAAAUUAGUAAGAAGUGAAUAGUUCUCACAAAUGCCAUAUUUUUUUUUCUUUCAUUUCUUGUCUUGAUGUAGGUGUUCAUGUUUGUAGGAAGUGUAGUUGAAUGGAAUUAGGAAAGCCAGUGCCUCAAAACUAGACAAUCACUGAAAACACAUUCUCACACAACACAGUAAUCAUCCAGUAUAAGCAGCAGAACUUGUCUCACUACUCUGCAGUUCACUAAUACAACUGUUGCACUCAUAUUUGUGCAAAUAUCAGUUUCUAGUUAAUUCAUAUAGACAGUUUCAUUUUAUGUACCUUCACAAAUUGUAUGCCUUAGAAUGUAAACCUUAGUAAAUGCCUGGUACAGGUGGUAUAUAUGUAUGCUCUUUUAUUCCUUAAACCAAACAAUUCUAUCCAUUUACUCAGAGAAGCCAAACGUGUUAGAUAUGAUAACUGAAACAGACGACUAUUCUAAGAAUCUUAUCUCUGUAAAGAUGAGCUGUCAGUAACUCAGGAUAGCAUUCACAGCAUUAACUAUGCAAACAUUUAAAAAAAAAAACUGUAUUGCCUUCGAUGUACAACAUUUUUCACAGUUUUGUAUAUUCAUAUCUUUAAACUGAACAUUUUGUUUGUAUGAAAUGCUUUUCACUGUCUGUAAAACUACAGAGCAAAUAAAUAUUUUCCU